CCUUGUGUCUAAGACAACGUUGCUGUAUCGCUGAGGGAUAAUUGUUCAGUAUAGGGAAUUUAAAAAAGUAAAUAAAAAUUAAGGGGGAAAUAACUAGUAAAGGGACAUGAAUAAGUCAACUUGCAGUUAAACAACAAACACUUUUUUUUUUAAACAUUUUGUGUGUGAACGUCCUUAUUUGCAGGACGAAGAAACUUGCUUUCACCAAUUUCCACUACUAGCGGUAGCCCAUUAUCAUCAACACCGCCGAUUUCCCUUGGGUUUUGUUGAAGCCAAACGUCGCAUACUUCACAGCAGAAAUUACACCAAUCUACGACUGUUUAUGGAACACUUAUGCAUAUCUUCUUGUGACAUAUCGCGUGACCAGCAAUAAAUGAUCAAAACGAUAUUGUACAGUGAAAUAUGGCUUCUUUCGAAGAAUGAACGGUGACGAAAUGAUUUCCUCCUUAUACAAACCUUACAGACCCACAUUUUCCCAUCAAUAGCGUCACCACUCGUAGUGAGGCCACAUGGUAAAUUACGAUUUUCGCAAGUGUACAUAUGCAUAAUUAGUCGAUGCCGUGUCAAGCACUGAAAAAUCUUGUCUCCUGAUUCGGCUAAUUGAGUGAUAAUCCAAGAUUGAUUCACAGUUGAGGACAUAUUUCUCUGUAAGUAAACAAUGAGAACCUAGGUAUCUCCCUCUUAAUCUUUAUUUACGUUUUCAAAUCACCUAUACUGAACAAUUACUAGAAAAUGAGGUACUAACUUGUGGGAUACAGGUGUCCCGAAAUAUUGUUUUAACGAUAUGAGGGGCCCGACAAUAUCCUCUGUGAAUUUUUAAUUGUUUUUAAUCCAGUUUUUUUUUACAAAGUUUAUUAUAUUUGUUCAUUUUAUUGUGAUAUAUGACAGAAAUAAUUAUAAAACAAUAGACUUAAUAUGUUCAGUUUAUUGUAUCGUUAAGUCAAUAUUUUGGGACCCUUGUAUCCCACUAGUCCAAAAAAUAAAUGCGAUCUUUGUCAUCAGCAUGCCAGACUUACACCUGCGUAGAAAAUCUGAGAAAACUCUAGCGCUUGGAAAGCAGUUAUAAAUAUUCACGCAUCCUCGACAUAGUAAUUAAGUUAUAGAUGAGAUUAUUUACAGCAAAAGAUUUUGUCUUCUCACGUAUACUCCAUACGCAUGCGCAAUGGCUAUACUUCGCGCCAAGUUGCGAUACCCAACUGUUGUGAUGUUUGAUUCAUCUUUCUCAUCUACUUCACUCAUUUUAACAACUUUUGUAAAAUAUUUCUCAACUACUGUACAAUUAUAACAAUAUCAUUUAUCAGACAUUUGUGAAAUGGGAAAUGGGCAGAUCUCCAUGAUAUCUAAAUCAAGAAGAUGAACCAUAAUAGAUUAUAACCAUUUGUCAGCAUCUAAGAAUUUACCGAGGAUUAAUAUGGAGAACAUUAAAUAUUUGGACACUUUUAACACAACUGUUUUUAACAAUAUUGAUACUUUUACACAGUCAGACAGGGAUGAAGAACUUGUUAACAAAAAUAUUCCUGAAUAUAGCUGUGAGAUUUGUAAGAAACUAUUCUCUUCAGAACAUGAAGUUUUCACACACAAAGAAAUACACAACAGGGAAAAAACUUUUUGCUGUCAAAUAUGCGGAAAAUAUUUUCUCAAGAACAGUGAUUUAACAAAACACAAAAGGAUACACACUGGAGAGAAACCUUUCUGCUGUGAAAUAUGUGGUAAAUCAUUUUCAGAUAAUUCUACUCUUGUAGUUCACAUACGUAGUCACACUGGAGAGAAGCCCUAUCAUUGUGAAAUUUGUGGGAAAUAUUUUCUCAAGAACAGUGAUUUAACAAAGCACAAGAGAAUCCACACUGGAGAAAAACCUUUCCACUGUGAAAUUUGUGGGAAAUCUUUCACUCAAAAUUGUACGCUUGUACUACACACUCGGAGUCAUACUGGAGAAAAGCCUUUUCAUUGUAAAAUCUGUGGAAAAUCUUUCAUCUCCAAUAGCGAUUUAACAAGACACUGUAGAAUACACACUGGAGAAAAACCCUACAACUGUGAGAUGUGUGGAAAAUCAUUCGCUAAUAACUCUCUUCUUGUUGCUCACAAAAAAAUACAUACUGGGGAAAAACUGUUUAAUUGUGAAAUAUGUGCCAAAACAUUUAUCACUAACAGUCUAUUGAAAACACAUAAAAAAAUACAUGCUGGUGAAAAACCUUUCCACUGUGAAAUUUGUGGUAAAUCAUUUGUCCAUAACACUGAUGUGAACAGACAUGUAAAAAUACACACUGGAGAGAAGCCAUAUCAUUGUGAAAUAUGCGGGAAAGCUUUCACUCAGAAUUCUAGUCUUUUAGUUCACAAACGUAGUCACACUGGAGAGAAACCAUUUCGUUGUGAAAUAUGUGAGAGAUAUUUUGUCACUAAAAGUGAUUUAACGAAACAUAGAAGAACACACACUGGAGAAAAACCGUAUCACUGUGAAAUGUGUGGAAAAUCUUUCGUUUACAACUCUCUUUUUGUGGUUCACAAAAGAACACACACUGGAGAGAAACCAUAUUGUUGUGAAAUCUGUGGCAAAUCGUUCGUCCAGAAUACGGAUCUAAGCAGACACAAAAGGAUCCACACCGGGGAAAAACCCUUCUACUGUGAAAUGUGCGGGAAAUCAUUCUCUGAUAAUUCUAACCUUGUUGUUCAUGAACGUACUCACACAAAAGAAAAACUAUAUCAUUAAAUACCGUAUCUCGUGUCUUGCAUACUUUUUGUCUAAAUUGGUGUACAUUUAAAACAGAAAUGAAGAAAAACACGUUUGUGGGGUGUUUCUUUUUAUAAUGCAAAUCAACAAGAUACUGCUUUCUCCCAUGUGAUAAGUGAUUUUGAAAGGUUUUUUUU